CCAGUCACACGAUCUGUCAUCAUCCUUCGUACGAUGCUAGAAGGGAAGUUGAGAGAAGUGGGACAUCGGGGAUCCUCCUGAGAUCUUAGGCUACCGCCGCCGUCCGGACCCCGCUGUGAACCCCCGCCGCCUCCACCCGCAUCCCUCCCGGAGAAAACACACUCCACACCCGCCCGCUUCCUCCCGUUCGCCAGGUAUUUUCUGGGGUUUUUCCCAUCAGGUCAGUGCCCAGAGGAAGUGAGUGGACGGUGUGACAUGGCAAAUAGAGCUGGAGCCACACGACCCAAUGGGCCAAACACAGGCAACAAGAUUUGUCAGUUCAAGCUUGUGCUACUAGGAGAGUCAGCGGUGGGGAAGUCGAGUCUCGUGCUGCGUUUUGUCAAGGGACAGUUUCAUGAAUUCCAAGAGAGCACAAUUGGAGCUGCCUUCCUGACUCAGACGGUAUGUUUGGACGACACAACGGUCAAGUUCGAAAUCUGGGACACAGCUGGUCAGGAGCGCUACCACAGUCUGGCCCCCAUGUACUACAGAGGGGCCCAGGCAGCCAUCGUGGUCUAUGACAUAACAAAUGAGGAGUCAUUUGUACGGGCAAAGAACUGGGUUAAAGAGCUUCAGAGACAAGCCAGUCCCAAUAUUGUAAUAGCCCUGGCUGGGAACAAGGCGGAUCUCGCAAACAAGAGAACACUGGACUUCCAGGACGCACAGUCGUACGCAGACGACAACAGUUUGCUGUUCAUGGAGACGUCAGCAAAGACCUCUAUGAACGUGAAUGAGAUUUUCAUGGCCAUCGCAAAGAAGCUUCCCAAGAACGAGCCCCAAGCCGCCGGCGCCAGCAGCGGGCGGAGCCGGGGGGUGGACCUGACGGAGACGGCUCAGCCCACCAGCCGUCCCUGCUGCAAUCACUAACCCAGCUCUUACUGCUUAUCCUCCCCCCCCCCCCCCCCCCCCUCCCCCCACACACGCAUUCACACACACACACACACACAUCACCCCCGCCCCUCCACUCUGCUCCCUCUGGACAUCCACCUGACCCCCCCACCUCACUCCCCUGGAUUAGCUAAAAGACUCUGUAUAGCUGCAUUUCUAAUACCUUUUUUUUGUUUUGGUGGUGUUCUUUCAUUUUUUUUCUUUGUUUUUGUUUUUUUUUAAACAUUUUUUAAGAAGUGUAUAUCAGUAUAACGGAUGCAUGUAUCACUACAACGCCUAAAAAAAAACACACACACACACAUUUCUGUUUCUCAUUUAGGAAGUACGAUUAACCCCGUGUAAGACGAGUGUGAGUGAGUGAGGGACCUGUGUUUGUGGGAUUGUGUGUGUGUGAUGAGGAGAUGCAGCCUCAUUUGUCGACUGGAUGCAAAGGUUGAAUCCUGUAAUACUCUUAGCGAGCGGGUUUAGUUUUUACAAUCACAAGAAAAAACAUAUUGUCCCCCCCCCCCGCCCGUCACGUGUGUCCCCCGAGACGACGUCUAGGCUCCAACAUGGAAAAGUGGGAAACAAGUUUAGCAUUCCCAAAAAGUUUGAAAUGCACAAAAAUGUACUUUGAGAAAAAUGUAGAAAAGCAGCCCGGAUGUGUCAGAGUCAAAUAGUUCCCUGACAACAAAUUGGCAUGUCCAUCUGUAGAGAAGUGUGCGUUCUUGUCACUUUGCCGCACAUCACACAUCAUCACCGCUGUCUCUGGUGUGAAAACACACUGGAGUUCAGACGUGUGAGAAAUCGGGGAAACCGGCAGCUCCCGGCCAAACUGAGAAACUGCUCUGACAAGAUGUUUAAAUUCAUGCUUCGCUAUUCAAUGGAAGCUUUCACGCCGCAGCGUCUUUGGAGUCCGUCUUCACAGAGAAGCCCCCGUGUCAUCUCCGACACCCCUCUGGCUUCACAUGAGAAAAAUAGAUAAACCGUUGAGCAUCCUGGUUAGUGAGUCAUCCAGCAGGGAAUCGAACACACGACACGAUGUCAAACUCCUGUCAAUCCACCUGGUUUCUAUUUAAUCUGAAUUAAGAGAGCGGUGGUGGUGGUGGGGGGGGG